AACGUUGAUUGCCAACCGCCAUAAACCUUUACGAAGAGGAAGAAGAAGAAGCAGCAGCAGCAGCAGAAGAAGAAGAAGAAGAAGAACAUCAUCCACAGUCUAUUAUGUCAUCCUUUGCAACCAUAGACUACACCAAGCGGUCACCUCGUUCAGCUGAAGGCUGAAAUACACGAGGGUUGGACAGCUAGCUAAGUUAGCUGGGUAAGCUAACGUGUCAGGUCGGACAAGGAUCUUUGGGAAACACUCGACAAAAUGCUCGCUCGUAUGUUAUUUAACCUCAUCAACAACCACCAUGUCGUUGAGAAGUUGGCAGAGUCCCGUCCGAUUCGCAGGGCGGCCCAGAUCACAGCGUACGCCAUCACCAAGGCUCAGAUAGCCGGCCGGGACGCUUCGGAGCGGGUCAUGCGCUCCCAGACGCUGCGGCAGGUCCGGGCGGAGGCCGACAGAGUCCCCGGUGACCUGGGAGAGUUGGGCAGCCGCCUCAGGAAAGUCAGAGAGACAUUUGUGAAUGAAGUGAAGGAGGGAUGGAAGGACGGCUCCAGACAGAUCAAGAAAUAAAGAGGACAGACUGGCUGAUAAUAAAGCUUUUUGGCAAGCUGACAACAUCUCAUGUUUUUGUAUCCUCACCUAACUGUCUAUGGAAGAAACAAUGCUUUAAGGAGAGCUGAGGAGACGUGAUGUAUAAACAAUCUGCCUCAGCAAUGCAUGACAGCAGUGUGGUGGUUAUCUGCAAACAUCAGAAUGUGGCUUCAUGUUGGACACUGAUCACUUCGCAAUCAGGAAUGGUGGUUGUUAAUAAUGUGGAGAGGUUCAGAUAAAUGAUGAUAAACUGUGGUUAACAAAAUAAAUUUACUGUAUUCACAUUUCAGUGAACACAUGGACACAUGGUGUUUAUUUGAUCUUUCAGAAAGCCUGUGGAAAAGUAGGAACUAUAAACUAAGUGGAAGUUGGGAUUAGUGUGGAAAGGUUAAGUGCACUUCUCUGAAGUAAUCUGACAAUUCAACAGACUCCUGGAACUGCCUUUUAUUGAUGGCUUCUUCACAUUAAUCUAUGAUACAGAACCACGUACUGGUAGCUCAACUAACGAUGUUCUGACAAAAGUAUUGCGUCCACCGAUGUGCACAUUCAUGCACCUAUGACACCAAUCUGCUGAAGAGCUUUUAUGGAUCUGUACAUGAAGUUGUCUUGGUAAAUAAUUUUAUUGGUUUAAAAUGUACUUAUAGUGAGAUAUAGUGGUGUGUGUAUAUAUAGACAACAAAUUCACUAUUUUGUUCUGACUACAUAAAUAAAGAUUAUAAUUUAUAACAACA